UAGAACUCCUCUAUUGAUAAACUGUCAGUAAACGUCUUUGGAAAUGGAAGUGCGAAGUUUUAAUAAUCAUUGUUCAUUGAGGAGUUUUUCGUUCGAAUUCACGCCCGAGGUAUCCGUCCCGUCGAAAAAAACGAGGCAGUUCGAUUGACAGCGAUUUGGCCGCUUUAUCGCCGAAAAUAGUCGUCCCAGAUAAUCGUGCGAACAGAGUCAUCUGGCGUUUCCGGUGGGCAUUCAGUUUCUGCCAUUGGUACACGUGAAUCGUGGUCAUAUUUCGGAGAAUACUCCAAGAUCCGAGGUCGUCCAGUAUGGAUUCUUGGGACGACGAUAAUUUCGAGCCCCAAGUGGUGAUGCCUAUUACCAUUGCUUCUAACAAAUGGGAAGGUGAAGAUGAGGAUGAGGAUGUGAAGGAUAAUUGGGAAGAUGAGGACGAGGAAAAAAAGGAGGAAGUUCCAGCACCAAUCCAACAAAAACCCAAAAAGAAAAGUAUACAGGAAAAAAUAGCAGAAAAAGAGAGGUUGAGAGCAGAAGAAUUAGCACGAAAAAGAAAAGAAGAAGAAGAAGAUGAUGAAGAUGAUCUUCCUCCUGAAGAAAGAUUAAGAAGGCAAAAAGAAUCGGAUCUGAAUGCUGCAUUAGAAACAACAUUCGGCGGCAGCAAUACUCCAACAGGAAUUGAUGGUAUGGAUCCAAAAAGCAAAGAGGAAUUCCAAGAAUUGGCAGAUGCAAUCGUAAAUAAGGUGCAACCCUACACAAAAAGUGCAGAGUAUCCGGUCUUUGCUGAAACCGUUGUCAGGAACAUUUGUGCCACAAUGUCUUCUUUGGAUAUUAAAAAGAUCAAAAAUACAAUAGACAAUUUGUAUAUGGAGAAGCAAAAGAUUGAAAAGGGUGAUAAGGCUAAAAAGAGCAAGACGAAAGGCAAAGCGAAAUUAAAAAUGGAUAAUGAAAAUCAAUUUUCUGCUUACGUCGAGGACUAUGAUGAGUUCGACGAUUUCAUGUAGCAGGUGGAAAAUUUUAGUUAUCUUUUAAACAAUUGUAUUUAUCUAGGUAAAAUAAGGUGACAUUUUUUUAAAUGAAGCAAAGAAGGAUAACACUUAAUAAUCAAGGUUUGUUCUAUAUUUUAUUGUAUAAAACGAUGCUGUAUAAUUUGUUAUAAACGUAAUCAUCUGAGACUUAGCUUAGAAAAAUCGGCAAUAGAGGAGCACUGGAUUGCAUACUCGUUGUCUUUUUUGGUACUGUGUCUCAAUCGGAUAUUAAUUAAUGAAUACGGAUUACAUGCAAAAUAGAUUAUAUUGAAGGAAA